GCGAAGGCGCUGAUCCUACCUGAUGACAAUCGUCAGGGUUUAAAUACGCAGACACGGGACGGGUACCGGACUCCGGCGGAGGCAGGUGAGCGGCGAUCCAGCAGAAGGACGUCUCUCAGCAGUAUGGCGUUGGUGAAGAGCGGCUGGCUCUGGAGACAAAGCUCCGUGUUGCGCCGUUGGAAGAGGCACUGGUUUGACCUGUGGAUGGACGGCGGUCUGGUCUAUUACCCGGACGAGACCCGGCGCAACAUCGAGGAGCGAAUCCUUCUGAAGUUUAACUGUGUGAAUGUAAAGGCCGGUCUGGAGUGCGGAGACAUUCAGCCCCCGGAAGGCGGUGAUCGGGAAGCGUUGGUGACGGUGGAUCUGCGGGAUCAGUCCCGGCUGCUGCUGUGCGCUGAGAGCCCUGAUGAUGCCGCGGCCUGGAAGUUGGCUCUCCUGGAUGCCAAAAUGUAUCCGGUUUACGUGUACGAUCCUUACGACGACCAUUACCAGGCGGUGCCUCUGAAUGCCCACCAUGCCGUUUACAUAAAUCCCGGAUACGGCGGCUGUGGUUAUGGUCCUGGGAUGACCCCCGUCAUUAUUCGAGACGACCCUUACCGCAGCACGUACGGGGAGCAGCUAGCCCUGGGCAUGCUGGCCGGGGCUGUCACCGGAUCCGCGCUGGGCUCCCUCAUGUGGCUGCCGUGCUGGUUUUAGGAAGCGGCGUGUCCUGCGCUCAUCCGCUGGGGUUUCAGCGGUAGCCUCGACACGCGUGUGCACCGGGUAUGACGCGUUCCAUGUCGUUCGCUUCUGGAUUACAAACCGCGCCCUCCCAGAGAUUUUAUUAGUCUCGUUAAUCAACCGAGUAAAAUAUCUUUGCGGAAGCUUCCCGAAAUAAAAAAAAA